UCUCACUCUCUCCUUCUUCCUCCUUUCCUUUCCACCAUUACUACUCCUUCAAACACCAUUCCUUUCAUCCAAAUUCAUACACUUUAUCCAAUACCCAUUUCCCUCUCCCUCACGGUACUCUCACUCUUUCCCUCAUUCAAUCCAGAUUCUUUUUCAGGUUGAAGCAGAAGAGCGGCCUGAGAUUUUAGAGGCUUAUUUGAUUUCGGCUGUGCCAUUCUUUGUCUUCUCAGAGUGGCUGAAAAGGGUCUUAAUUUCUUCUCCUUCUGCUUUUGGUGGGGGGCUGGUAAAGCUGUUGAUGCACCAGAGGGAGCAGAUCCAUCUAGUUUGGCAAAUAAAGUAGCCAAAGUUGCUGGUCCAUAAAUCCCGGAAACCUGCUGCUACAGUUAAGUCUUGGGAUGGCUGCAGGACCCACUGUCAUUGAAGCUGUAAAAGAGUUUGCAAAGGAAAAUGGAUCUUUCCAUAUGAAGAACCAAGGAAAAUCUGAUGUUAAUGGGAAAGCGAGAGGGAAGGCAGAUUUGGCCUAUGGGUUUUUCAGCAAAGAGCAGGGUAGCUCGUCUUCUUCUUGUUCAGUUGCAGUCGAUGGGGAAGAGAGAGGGAGUGAAUAUUCUUUAGAAUCAUUAUUUGUUAAUGUCUCAGAUCGUUCAAAGAAUCGUUCUGCUUCUGUUGGUACUGUCUCGAGCAUUAUUGGCAAGGAUUACUUAAAGACUACACAAUCCAAACAAGGAUAUGGCAACACAAACAAAUCAAUGAAACUAAACUCAAAGGUGUUGCCAGUAUCUGAACCUUUGGUAAAAGAAGUUAAGUUAAAUUCUGGAAAGGAUGAUAGAGUGCAUAACGAAAUGGAGGAGUUUCUGUUCCACAUGCUUGGAGAUGGAUUUCAGUUAGAUAGGGAUGUGAUUCGACAAGUUCUUGAUGCUUGUGGGUAUGAUAUGCCAAAGAGUAUGGAGAAACUACUUGAUAUGUCCAUGGUAGCCUUGGACAAAAAGAGCGAAUCUCUUAGUGGCUCUACCGACAAGUAUACAGGCUUGCAUUCAAAAGCUGAAUUUCCUUCACAUCAGCGGGAGUGCACAAGAUAUUCCAGGGGUACUGAGGAUACAGCAUCAAACUCAAGUGAAGAUUUAUCUGCCGUAGAAAAGCAGAAAAAUAAUCUGGAAAGGGAUAUUCUGACUUCUUUAUUUUGUGCUUCUGAUGCUAAGAAUGAUUCUGUGCUACCUAAAGUAAGAGUUAAGGCAGCAGCGAAGUCGCGGGGCAUAUUUGGAGAUGCUGUGAAGGAACCUCUACGGGACUCUGUAGUAGAACAAAAUAUAACUGAAGUUCACCCAAAAAAACAGGACGAGUAUGAUCAAGAUGAGGAAAGGUUCCAGGCUCUUCGCCAAGGUGUGAAGGAGAAUAACGAAAUGAUGAAGCACUAUUAUAAAUCUGCUGUGGAAGCAUGGACAAAGGGAGAUCAUGUUCUAUUUGAGAAACUGAAAGAGCAGGGUCAAUUUUACCACGAAAAGGCUUUUGAAGCAUAUGAGGAGUCCAGUCAAAUGAUUCUUGAAACCAAUGUGGAGGCAGAAGAUGACAUGCUGCAGGACUUGAGUGAUUAUGAUGCCAAGGGGGCAAUACGGCUUUUGAAGGAUCUUCUUUCGUCACUUUCAGGCAUUUCAUCUAUCCAAUAUCUCAAGCUGAUCAUAGAUGCGAACGGGAAAGAAGACAGCUCCAAAGGACUUCGUAGAAGACGGGUUUUGAAGCUAUUAGAGAAAGAAUCCAUCGAGUGGGUGGAGGGAGAGAGUGCUGGAACAAUUCGUAUCCGGUUGGAUAGCAUCAACCCUAAGCGUUUGAGCUUUGUCAAAAAGUAAUUACCCUUGUUCUUGAUCUUGGAAUCAAUUAGAGUGAGUGGUUUCUCAAACUUGUUUUGAUGAUUGGAGUUUGGAGCUGAGAUAAUUAAGAGUGUCUUAUUAACUAUGUGUUAAAUUGCACGGUGGGAAAACUGCUAUCUCGUGUAAAAAAGUGUCUAGCCUAGCGUUGAGAUAAUUAUUACUCUAUUUUGGACACUCCAAAUCUUAUAUCCCACUACUGACUGAUUAAAAUAUUUUUUAUGCAAGUUUAUUGAUGUAAAAACACAAUAUAUUAUUAUUACAUUGCCUUGGAGCGAGUGAAAUGUGAAUUUAAUUUUAGACU